UCUAGCGGGUGGGGAAAGAAGGCAGACUUUGUUCCUAACUCUCCCUGCUUGACACCAAUUUGCCUUAGGGACAACGUUAAACAUCUCAGGUGUAUUUUUUUUUUUUUUUACCCCGCUUUGAGAAGAGGCGUUCUUGCGUCCACCAGGUGCCGAUAGCCAUGAAGUGGGGCUGGGUGUUUUUGGGGGUCUUCCUAUCCUUAGGGACCCUGUCCUGGGGGGAGAAGGGCUUGGAGAUCCCAGAGUAUGACGGCAAAGACCGCGUCCAUGACCUCACCGCCAAGAACUACAAGUCCAUCAUGAAGAAGUACGACGUGAUGGUGAUCUACUACCACAAAAAUGUGGAUGGGAACCGCAGUGCCAUGAAGCAGUUUCAGAUAGAAGAGCUGGCGUUGGAGUUGCUCUCGAGUCAAGCAGCCAUUAUCUUUCAGCUUGCAGCCCAAGUUCUGGACGAUCUCGACGAUGAGGACAUUGGAUUCGGCCUGGUGGAUGAAAAGAAAGACUCUGCUGUUGCCAAGAAGCUGGGUCUGGACGAGGUGGAAAGCAUCUACAUCUUUGCCGACAAUGAGAUCAUCGAGUAUGACGGAGAGUUGGCCUCCGACACCCUGGUUGAGUUCCUCUAUGAUGUGAUUGAAGACCCUGUGGAGAUCAUCGACAACGAGCGUGAGCUGAAGGGUUUCCACAACAUGGAUGAGGUCAUCAAGCUGGUUGGUUAUUUCAAGAGCGAGAAAUCUCCUCACUUCAUUGAGUAUGACGAUGCUGCAGAGGAGUUCCACCCCUUCGUCAAAUUCUACGCCACAUUCAACCCCAAGAUCGCCAAGAAGCUGAAGCUGAAGAUGAACGAGGUAGAUUUCUAUGAGCCAUUCAUGGAGGAGCCCGUCACCAUUCCAGGAAAGCCAUACAUCGAGUCCGAGCUUGUUGACUUCAUUGAAGAGCAUGACAGGCCUACUCUGAGGAAGCUUGAGCCACACAGCAUGUACGAGAUCUGGGAGGAUGACAUUGAUGGAGAGCACAUUGUUGCCUUUGCUGAGGAGGAUGACCCAGACGGUUUUGAGUUCCUGGAAAUCCUGAAGGAAGUGGCACGCGAGAACACUGAUAACCCCAACCUCAGCAUCAUCUGGAUCGACCCUGAUAACUUCCCCCUGCUGGUGCCAUACUGGGAGAAGACCUUCCACAUCGACCUCUCUUCCCCACAGAUUGGUGUGGUUGAUGUUGAGGAUGCUGACAGCGUGUGGAUGGAAAUGGAUGACGAUGAUGACAUGCCCACAGCUGACGAGCUUGAGCAGUGGAUUGAGGACGUUCUGUCUGGAAAGAUCGACCCAGAUGAUGAUGAUGAUGACGACGACGACGACGAUGAUGACGAUGAGGAUGAUGAUGAGGAUGAUGAUGACGACGAUGAUGAAGAUGAUGAAGAUGACGACGACGAUGAUGAUGAUGACGAUGAUGAUGAUGAUGACGAUGACGACGACGACGAUGAUGAUGAAUAAAUGUUCACUUCCAUGUUACACUUCACUUUGAUUUAGCCAGUAAUGGCAAAAACAAAAGUAUCACUGUUUUUUUCUAACACCUUGCAGCAAACGCACUUUGUGUCUGUUUGCUUCCUGUACGGUUUCCUGUGAGGGACAAAUAUAACGACCCAAUGGGAAACUUUGACUGUUAGUCAGGGAGGGAGAUUUUCUAAGGAGCAGAGGAUUUGCAUCUCUGUUGAUGAACAGACUUGCAUCUUAAAAUGGUAGUGCAUUAUAUGUCCUUUGUUGCUGUAUUAAAACAUGCUGAUGUCUCACCCCAGAGUUUCACAAUGAACGUGAGCGAAGAGGCUAACAGAGGCCAACUUCCCUGACAUUUUCUACUAAAUGUCACAGACCGGAUUUCACCCCUUUGUGAUGUUCUCCAAUUUACUGUAAUCCUGUUUCAAUGACAUGUUUUCUACUUAAUGAAGAGAAGAAACAAACACUUUCUUGUACUAUUUUUAAAGAGAAUAAACCUUAACUCACUGGACAGUCUUAAGAUGAUUACAAUUUUGGAAAACUCUUAAGGUACCGGAUAAUAAAAAGUUACAAAAUGAUUUGUUUCUGCUCUCAUAUUAAAAUGGAAAGACAGAACCAUUUUAAAAUCAGCA